UUCUCCCGCGAGCUGCGUGGUUCAGUUGGUUCGGAGCAGCACGCGGGUCCACACGGGCGUAAAUGAGCUCAUUCGGUAGUUUGUCUGUCACCGUCACUCUGUCGCCGUGUCCGCGUCCGAGGCAUAUAUGGAAGAGUCUCAGCGAGGGUUUAUUAAUUUAGCUUCUUCACUUGGAACAAGACGGCGGUUUCCUGUCGGUUUCCUGUCGGUUUCCAGCUGCUGCCGGUUUGGUGGUUUUAAAUCUCGCAGGACGCGGUGAUUCACCUGAAGCUUAGGAGGACGCCGUUUGCAUGAAACUCUACUCCGAUAAAAACACUGGAUCUGACUACGCUACAUCUGUCGAAGAAAGCUGGAUGAUUGGAAAAAAGUCAGAAGAAGACAAGCUCAAGUCGAGCAGUUACACCUUACCCAAAGCUUCUUCCAAACCCAACCUGAAGGGCGCCAUGGCUCUCGGUAGUUUGAACCUCAUGCAGACCCUCAAAAACUCCCCAGCUGCCUUCCGACGCCGCUUCCGCCGGGACCGGACGGAGCUGCUCUCCCACGGCGACCCUCUGUUCAAGGUCCACUACCUGGGCACGGUGAAGAUCUUCUCUCUUGACCGAGAGCAAGCCCAGGAGGCCAUCUCACACCUGAUUGAAGGUAUCGCAAACGGGAAGAAGCUGGGCAAAGAUCACGCUCUGGUCGUGCGGCCGAGAUACGUAGAGGUCAAGGAGCUGAGCACGGGGCGCCAGCUGACCAAGACGUACCUGCAGGACAUUGCGUACUGCGCCGCCGACGCCGGCCGACCCAACGUCUUCCUGUACAUCUGCAAGCAUCAGGGCCAGCAGCUGCAGUGCCGGGUGUUCUGGUGCAGCCGGGCGGAGCGCGCGCGCGACAUGACGGCCUGCCUGGCGCGCUCCUUCCAGCGGGCGCUGAACGACUGGCAGGACGGCUCGGCCUCUCUGCCGCCGGGAGAUGCGAAGGUCAAACGUUUGGAGGAGUCUUGUAACUCUGCAUCCAACGCCAAGAGCUCAACGCUGCCGGCUGGGCUGGGAAAAGUUCGCUGGAAGAGAACGGGCUCUGCGUCCCGAGGCCCCCUCAAAGGCAUCACCAGGAGAGGAUCGGCCACCGACAGCUGGAGCUGAACCUCUGAUUGGACAAAGGUUCUACAUUGACCUGCUGACAACUUUAAAGUUGGAAGCACUGCAAGAGGGAAGGAAGGAAGGAAAUUUGGGAGGGACUGACUUACAAGACGAAGAGGCUCAAGCUGCCAACUUGAUCCAUAUUUGGUGACAUAAUGACUGCUUGUAAGGGUGUUAUCAUCAUAACUGACGAGUGUUUGGAGUUAAAUGUUAAUGACGCGAGACGGAAACGAGGAUGGGCUUGCAACAGGCUGCUUUAGGACGAGGCUGGGUCCUGAGCAGCCAGAGUGUGUGAUGUUGAACGCGAGAUAGCUGCUGGCUGAAUGAUCCAUCAGCAAACCUGGGGGUAAAAAGACAGAGGUGAGUUGUUUUAAUGUUUAACAGGCAACUUGUACCAAGUCAUGUUUUAUAUUCAUGGUGGCAUUUACACGUUUGCUGCUCUAUUAAACAGAUAUUUAGGAUUCAGAGGGGAAAAUGUUGGCUCAUCAAAUGAAGUUAAACUGUCUCUACUGUUCGUAAAGGUGGUUCCUGUUACUUCCAGAGCACUUUCUAUGCUCUCCUGCCAAUGAACCUCCUACAGAAACCCCAAGUGUUUUCUGCUCAUUACGUGGACUUCAGUUUCUAUGAACUGCAUGACAGCUCUGGUUACUGCGCCAUCACCAAGUUACUGCAAAUCAUCUUCACUGGCUACAAACUGCACAUAAAAAGAAACGUCCGUGAAUUUGCACGUACGUCGUAAAGCUCCCGUGGCGCUAGCUUGGCACCCAAACACCAGAGGACAUUGUGUUCCCAUGCGGAGCCUCGGUGAGGAAUGCACAGUCAUGCACCUGCAUUCCACGCCAGGAGAAAUCUGAGAUCAGGAAUCAUCUCAAAUUCCUCAUGUCCAGCCAUAACUGUGCCUCUCCAGCAGCUGCAUACUUUUAUUUAAUCUUUUUUUGUGUGCUGCAGUGUAAAACGUACUCCUCAUGAUGAUUUAUGUUAGGUUUGCAAUUGAGACUUGAGGAUAAAUGGUGUGCCUUUAGCCUACCAUCAUGUUCUCAUUUUUAUUAUUCCUAAACUAAGCUAGGAACUUU